CCCAGCUGGUGCCUAAGCAGGAGGCUAUGGCAAUUAUCCGGCCUGGCGACCGUGUCCAUCUAUCCCUAACCGAGUGUUUGCCCAUUCCGCAGCUGCCCUCCCUUCUUCCCGCCUGGGACCCAUGGGGCCAUUGCGGCGAACAUGUUGCGGGGAGGCCGAUGAGAAGUGAAGAAACAGACAAAGACUGAACAGUGCUUCUACUAUAUUCCAUAUUUGCUGCUGUGCUGGGGCGAGGGGCCCGAAUUACGUUCAUUUCUUAUAUUCCUCUCAUCUCAUCGCCGUCUCG